AUUUAUAAAGCGGAUCUGCCUAAUGGACAAAGGAAUGUCAGAGCUACCCACGUUAAUCAGCAAAAACUAGGCCCUAGCAUUCAGCUGUGAUACCGAAACUCCCAGGAACCUGGAAGCAGGCAAUGUAGUUAAUGUAAUGUAAUAAAUAUCCAAUGAUCCAGGUUCCCAUCUGCCACGGAGUCACAUCCUUUGAACUACAGGACAAUGUCUAUAUACACAAAGCCAUAGGUCUGUGUUCCUUGGGCUUCUGCUACCAAAGUUCAGCGAGGUGACACGUCAGGGUUAGGUGCCUUCGGUUUGCCCUGUAUUUGUUUUUGCAGUUCCUACUCCUUGGUAUCUGUAGCUUGCCUAACUUGGAGUGGGGACCUGGCCAUGUUGCUGCUGAUGGAGCCAGGACCAUGGCAGAGGCAUGAAAUCACAGUACAACGAAGGUAUGUUCGUGACUACACAGUGGCCAAUUCCUGCUUCUGUGGGAGUGACCACCAGCCCUACUGCCUGGGAGGGAGGAAGUGAUGACGGGAUCCAGCAGAAGUUUCCUGAGAAACCCAUGCGUCUGUUCCCAGAGCGGAGAGUCUACCUUCAUCUCACAUGUGCCACAAAGGAUGGCAUGGCCCAGGAGUGCCCCACCACGUGGUUUUCACCCCCUGCAAAGCCAGAUCUCGCCCGACAACACAGUGCCAAGCCCACAGCUCUCCAAAGAGAAAGAUGGCCCAGGCUGGGAGCAUGCCCUUAGCAGCGGCCUCUGGCAACUUUGUCCCUAACAAGAUGUUACAUGGAUUAGUGAAGAGGAAUGCAUCUGUGGAAACAGUUGAUAAUAAAACGUCUAUGGAUAUAACCAUGGCAGCACCUUCUCCUGUCACGUUGACCACAGGGACUUCCACAGCCCACCUCAACUCUAUAGAAACCACACCAGAGGACACAAGCAGGACAGAUGUGGGUGAACCAGCAACUUCAGGAGGUGCAGCUGAUGGUGCGGCCUCCAGCGCUCCCACGACUGCGGCUUCCAGCACUUCCAGGUCUGUGGCCUCCAGCGCUCCCACGACACUCACACCGCCUGGGCCCAUGUCCCUGUUCACAGGGCAGACCCCAUCUACUACCGCUGCUGGGCGCCCAUCUCUCAGCACAGCCCUCAUACAAGUGCCAAGUAACAGCUCGUCGCCCAGAGCAGCAGUCCUGGCCACAUUGGCCACGCGUGCUCAGACUGUAGUGACCAGAGCAAACACGAGCAGCCCCAUGAGCACUCCCAGUCCUUCCGAGUACAUGACCGGUGACACCACGGCAAGCCCUACACCCCCUACACAUCCCCAAGCACAAGUUCCCACUCGCCAGGUGUCAGUGGACCAGCCCAUGGUUAACACAACAGAUAGAUCCACACCGCCCUCAAACACAACUCUGGAGCCCACUACCACCCACUCUGUGGCUUUGGUGUCCCCCGUAGUGGUGACCACCCCCAAGCCACAAGCCAAGGAGUCAACUACCAGCACAGUGCCAGCACCUCACAUUAGCCCAGUCCCUAAGGUGGAGGCCACGUCCCUCACAACACAGCCAAGCCCCACACCAUCUACCCCAAGGGCCACUGGGCCACGGACACCCCAGGCACCGGAGCAGGUAGAGACUAAAGCCCCACCAGGUACUGACUCCACUGCACCAACACCCAGGAGCUCAGGGGACCCUAAGAUGCCAGCCACGGACUCAUGCCAGCCCAGCACCCAAGGCCAGUACCUGGUGGUCACUACCGAGCCCCUCACCCAGGCCGUGGUGGACAAAACGUUCCUCCUGGUGGUGCUCUUACUCGGGGUGGCCCUUUUCAUCACAGUUUUGGUUUUGUUUGCCCUGCAAGCCUAUGAGAGCUACAAGAAGAAGGACUACACCCAGGUGGACUACUUAAUCAACGGGAUGUACGCAGAUUCCGAAAUGUGAGGGCGGCGGGGCCUGGCGGGAGGCGGGCCCCUUCCUCGUCCUUUCCUUUUGCCUUUGAGACCAAACCAAGUGCUUCCAAAUUCUUUUGGUGCAAUUUAGGAGAUAUGCCAGAUGCUUAAACACAUUUCAUUGCUGUCAGAUAAUUCCAUGAUCACUAAAGAGUUGCUGCUUUUUUCAUAUUUAUUUUUGUAAAUGAUCCUGUGCGCAGCAGCAGCUAGGGGUUCCACCUCAGGGUGGGGUGGGCAGAGCCCUGUGCCCCCAGGUGUCAGAGCCUGACCUGAUUAAAGGACUGACUGCUCUCCGCAA